ACAUUAUUUAUUGGUGCUGAAAUUGAAAGAAUAAUAUCAGAAAUGGACCAUUAUCCAGAACAUAUUUCCUACAAAAUGUCGGAAUUAUUUUUUAAAAAUAACAAUCCAUAUAAAAAAACGUUAUUAGACAAUUAUGAAGAAAUAUUUAAGGUAAUAAAAUUGGUUAUUUUUUUGUUAAUUUAAUUUGACAAAUAAAAUUUUUUAAUUUUGUUUUUUAAUAGAGAAAUAUUAUGACAAUGUGUGGCAUGAAGUUAUCACCACAGCAUCAAAUAUUUUCAUUGUACCAUAAAACUGUUAAUAAUGUAGUAAAAAAUUCGGCUGUUAUGGCAUUUGCCUACAUGUGGAGAACUGAAUUUAUAGGGCAUAAUUAUACUGAAGAAAUUCAAGAGCUUGAAAACACAUUAACACAAAAAAUUAAUGAAUACACAGAAUUAUUUAAAAAUAAACUUCAAGUAAUGCCGAAUUUUAUACGUCGAUGUGAUCCAAUUGAACAAAAAAAAGAUGUAACAUAUGCUGAAUUUGAAAACCUUGUCUAUGUAUUUGUAACAAAUCAAAAAACUUUUGAACCAAAAAAUAAAGAAACAUGUGAAAAUUUUUGUGGUGAUAUUGUUACAAGUACCCCUGAAUGUGAAAAAAAAAAUAAUUGCAAAAAAUACGAAACAAUUUGUAAAGGUAAAAUUACUGGUUGUAAAAAUGAUGCCAGCUAUGAAGUUUGUCAAUCAAAUGAUUCUUCAAGUAGACACUAUGAUUGGAUUAAAAAUAAGGACAAUAAUGUUUAUUAUGGUAAUGCAAGUACAUCAUGUACUUCAACUAAAUUAAUAGAAUCAACCAAUAUUCUGACGUGGUUACCAUCAUGGGCUUCAAAGAUUUGUCGUGGUUGUAUUUGUCAAUGUGUUGAUGAUCGUCUUGACACCAACAACAAAACAAUUCGAGCAUUCAGUUACAUGUGGUCCAAUACAAGUGAUGACAUGGUUGCAACUGGUGCAAGGCUUGUUGCUCAAGAUCGAAUGAUUCACAUUCAGCUGAGAGAGGCUAAACUCUUGCCAUUGGGAAACAUUAAUGUCACAAGUGAAAGAUGGAUACCACUACCAAAAUUUGAAUAUCAAAAUAAUUUUCCAAGUGUUGCUAUUUAUCCAGAUGGUACACGACAUUCAUUGAUAGCAGACAGAGACUUUGGAACGAUCCAAAUGAACUUUGCUGAUAAAAUAUGUCUGCAACAAUUAAUUCUCGAUGAAAAAUAUUUAUUAACUGGUGUGAGAUUUAAUGCAAUGUAUUUUAACAAUACUAAUAAAGACGAAAAACGUUGUUUUAAUAUUGAUACAAAUUAUGCUGAAUUUAAUUAUGACACAGGAAAAAUGAUGACCAGGAAAUCUUAUGAUAAACAACAAACACAACCAACUGAAUUGAUAUUAGAUCAACCUGACAAUCCACUCAAAUUCAAAAAAAAUGUACAAGAUUCAAUGGAUAAUCAAUAUAUUAAAAUUGGAGUAACAGACUUGAUCAAGGAUGCAUCACAAACAACUUUUCCAUUUAUUGAUCUUCAAGAAGUCACAACUAAACCAAGUGCACCACUAGCUGGUAUUGAAUUAUUUCAUAAAGGACAACUUGAUAAAACAUCUGGUGGAUUUGUUUCUCUGAAAAUUCAUCCAAUUGAUUUUAGUAUUUUCAUAUGAACUGAAUAUCAAGGAGAAGAUUUAUAACAGAAAUAUUUACAGAAUUUUCGUGUCAAAGAUUAUUGCAGUCAAAUGUUAUGGCAAUGAAUUAUUAAAUAAUAAUCAAUUUAUAUUAUAAAAAUUAUUUCAAUUAAUAAAAAAGAAAUAAAUAAAAAAAUUCACUAAGAUGCAUUUAUUUUUUAAAAAUUUUAUAAUCUUAAUCAAGAUUUUCUUUUCUCGUUUAGCCUUUAUGAUAAUCUUAAAUUUGGAGUAUUUCAACUACGAAAAAACCACUUAUAUUAAUAAAUAAAAAUUAUUAAUAACAAAACCACAUUUUUCUAUUACCUUUUUUUUAAAUUCUAUUUCUGAAAUUUUCAUAAAAAACAAAAUUCAAUUUAUUAUUUUUCAACACAAAAAAUAAUUAAAACUCAAUCAAAAAAUAAAUAGUAUUUUUUUUCAUCUUCAAUCGUGUAUUUAAAAUAACUUUAAUAAUAAUAAUAAUCAUAAAAGUAAUAAUAACAUUUUUAAACUAGAGUGUAAUAAUAAUCAAAAACGUAUUAGUUUUAUUUUCAUUUUUGUUUUUGUAUAAUAUCCAUUCAUAGUUAUGUAAAAUAUACAUUCAAUUUAUUAUAAAAUAUUAUCAUUCAUAGUGAUUGAUAAAUUUUGAUUGUUUUGU